UGUGUCUCGCCCUCUUGCAGUCUGCAGCUUCUCCUGUCAUCGGAAAUGCCAGGCCAAGGUGGCCGCCCCCUGCAUCCCUCCGUCCAGCCAUGAGAUGGUGCCCAUCACCACGGAGAGUGCACCGAAGAAUGUAGUGGACACGGGAGAAGGAGCCUCCCGGGGUGGAAACACACGGAAAAGCUUGGAGGACGACGCCUCCACCAGGGUCAUCCCCAGCGUCCAGCCCCAGCCCCAGCCCAUCAGAAACAUGAGUGUGAGCCGGACCAUGGCGGACAGCUGUGAGCUGGACCUGGUGUACGUCACAGAGAGAAUCAUCGCCGUCUCCUUCCCCAGCACGGCCAACGAGGAGAACUUCCGCAGCAACCUCCGUGAGGUGGCCCAGAUGCUCAAGUCCAAACAUGGCGGCAACUACCUGCUGUUCAACCUCUCGGAACGGAGACCUGACAUCACAAAGCUCCACGCCAAGGUACUGGAGUUUGGCUGGCCUGACCUACACACCCCCGCCCUGGAGAAGAUCUGCAGCAUUUGCAAGGCCAUGGACACGUGGCUCAACGCAGACCCCCACAAUGUCGUCGUUCUGCACAAUAAGGGAAACCGAGGCAGGAUAGGCGUGGUUAUUGCGGCUUACAUGCACUACAGCAACAUUUCUGCCAGCGCGGAUCAGGCUCUGGACCGGUUUGCAAUGAAGCGAUUCUACGAGGAUAAGAUUGUGCCCAUUGGCCAGCCAUCCCAAAGAAGGUACGUGCAUUACUUCAGCGGCCUGCUCUCCGGCUCCAUCAAAAUGAACAACAAGCCCUUGUUUCUGCACCACGUGAUCAUGCAUGGCAUCCCCAACUUUGAGUCUAAAGGAGGGUGCCGGCCGUUUCUCCGUAUCUACCAGGCCAUGCAGCCUGUUUACACGUCUGGCAUCUACAACAUCCCAGGGGACAGCCAGACCAGCGUCUGCAUCACCAUCGAGCCAGGACUGCUCUUGAAGGGGGACAUCUUGCUGAAGUGCUACCACAAGAAGUUCCGGAGCCCAGCCCGCGACGUCAUCUUCCGCGUGCAGUUCCACACCUGCGCCAUCCAUGACUUGGGGGUUGUCUUUGGCAAGGAAGACCUUGAUGAUGCCUUCAAAGAUGAUCGAUUUCCAGAAUAUGGCAAAGUGGAGUUUGUGUUUUCUUAUGGGCCAGAGAAAAUUCAUGGCAUGGAGCACUUGGAGAACGGGCCCAGCGUGUCCGUGGACUACAACACCUCCGACCCCCUCAUCCGCUGGGACUCCUACGACAACAUCGGUGGGCAUCGAGAUGACGGCAUGGAGGAGGUGGUGGGACACACCCAGGGGCCGCUGGACGGAAGCCUGUAUGCCAAGGUGAAGAAGAAGGACUCCCUGCACGGCAGCACUGGGGCCGUCAAUGCCACACGUCCUGUCCUGUCGGCCACCCCCAACCACGUGGAGCACACACUCUCUGUGAGCAGUGACUCGGGCAACUCCACGGCCUCCACCAAAACAGACAAGACUGAUGAGCCUGUCCCUGGGGCCUCCAGCAUCCCUGCUGCCCUGAGUCCUGAGGAGAAGCAGGAGCUGGAUCGCCUGCUGAGUGGCUUUGGCUUAGAGCGAGAGAAGCAAGGCGCCAUGUACCACCCCCAGCACCUCAGGUCCCGCCCGGCGGGGGGCCCAGCUGCACCCUCCUCGGGCCGCCAUGUUGUCCCAGCCCAGGUUCACGUCAAUGGCAGGGCCCUGGCAUCUGAGAGGGAAACAGACAUCCUGGAUGAUGAGCUGCCCAACCAGGAUGGGCACAGCGUGGGCAGCAUGGGCACGCUGUCCUCCCUGGACGGGGUCACCAACACCAGUGAGAUGGGCUACCCAGAGGCCCUAUCCCCACUACCCAAUGGUCUGGAUAAGCCCUACCCCAUGGAGCCUAUGGUCAAUGGCGGGGGCUACCCGUAUGAGCCCGCCAGCCGGGCAGUGCCUGCCCACGUCAGCCACACGGCCCCCAUGCGGCCCUCCUACUCCGCACAGGAGGGUUUAGCUGGCUACCAGCGGGAGGGGCCCCACCCAGCCUGGACACAGCCAAUGACCACCUCCCACGGUGGUCAUGACCCCAGCGGUAUGUUCCGCUCUCAGUCCUUUUCGGAAGUUGAGCCCCAGCUGCCCCCAGCUCCAGCCCGUGGGGGAAGCAGCCGGGAGGCUGUGCAGAGGGGGCUGAAUUCAUGGCAGCAGCAGCAGCAGCAGCAGCAGCAGCCUCGCCCACCUCCUCGCCAGCAGGAACGAGCCCCAGUGGAGAGUCUUGUGACCAGCAGGCCCAGCCCCCAGCCAUUGGCAGAGACCCCCAUCCCUGGGCUCCCUGAGUUCCCAAGGGCAGCCUCCCAGCAGGAGAUCGAGCAGUCCAUCGAAGCACUCAACAUGCUGAUGCUGGAUCUGGAGCCGGCUUCGGCCGCUGCCCCCCUGCACAAGUCCCAGAGUGUCCCAGGGGCCUGGCCAGGGGCUUCCCCACUCUCUUCCCAGCCCCUCUCCGGCUCUUCCCGCCAGUCCCAUCCACUGACCCAGUCCAGAUCUGGCUAUAUCCCCAGUGGGCAUUCCUUGGGAACUCCUGAGUCAGCCCCACAGUCCUCCCUGGAGUCUGUCCCUCUGGGCAGGUCUUACUCACCUUAUGAUUACCAGCCAUGUCCAGCUGGGCCCAGCCAGGGUUUCGGACCCAAGAGCUCAGCCUCCUCCUCCUUGCCCACCUUCCUUCCAAACACCCACACCCCUCCAGGGCCUCAGCAGCCCCCAGCCUCUCUCCCUGGCCUCACUGCUCAGCCACAGCUCCCACCAAAGGAAGCAACUUCAGACCCCUCCCGAACUCCAGAGGAGGAGCCAUUGAAUCUGGAAGGGCUGGUGGCCCACAGGGUAGCAGGGGUGCAGGCUCGGGAGAAGCAGCCCGUAGAACCCCCAGCCCCUCUCCGGAGACGGGCUGCCAGUGAUGGACAGUAUGAGAACCAGUCUCCGGAAGCCACAUCCCCCCGUAGCCCCGGGGUUCGCUCUCCCGUCCAGUGCGUCUCCCCCGAGCUGGCUCUUACCAUCGCCCUCAAUCCUGGAGGGCGGCCCAAGGAGCCCCAUCUGCACAGCUACAAGGAGGCCUUUGAGGAGAUGGAGGGAACCGCCCCGAGCAGCCCGCCGCCCAGCGGGGUACGAUCCCCGCCGGGUCUGGCCAAGACACCCCUGUCUGCUCUGGGCCUGAAACCCCACAAUCCAGCGGACAUCCUGCUGCACCCCACAGGCGUCACCAGAAGAGUGAUCCAGCCAGCGGAGGACGAGGGGAAGGUGGCGGUCCAGCCUCCCGAAGAGCCCCGGAGCUAUGUCGAGUCUGUGGCGCGGACAGCGGUGUCUGGACCCCGAGCUCAGGACCCUGAGCCCAAGAGCUUCAGUGCACCAGCUGCCCAGGCCUAUGGCCACGAGACACCCCUGAGGAACGGGACCCUGGGUGGCUCCUUCGUCUCCCCCAGCCCCCUGUCCACCAGCAGCCCCAUCCUCAGCGCUGACAGCACUUCAGUGGGGAGCUUCCCAUCCGGGGAGAGCAGCGACCAGGGUCCCCGGACGCCCACGCAGCCUCUGUUGGAGUCUGGCUUCCGCGCCGGCAGCCUGGGGCAGCCCAGCCCUUCAGCCCAGAGAAGCUACCAGAGCUCUUCUCCUCUCCCGACGGUGGGCAGCAGCUACAGCAGCCCCGACUACUCACUGCAGCAAUUCAGCUCCUCUCCGGAAAGCCAGGCCCGGUCUCAGUUCAGUGUGGCUGGCGUCCACGCGGUGCCUGGGAGCCCUCAGGCACGCCACAGGACAGUGGGCACCAACACUCCCCCGAGUCCCGGCUUCGGCCGGCGGGCCAUCAACCCUAGCAUGGCUGCCCCCAGCAGUCCCAGUUUGAGCCACCGCCAGGUGAUGGGUCCUCCAGGCACUGGUUUCCAUGGUAACAUGGUCUCCAGCCCCCAGAGCAGCACAGUGACCACUCCGGGGAGCCCCAGCCUAGGCCGGCACCCAGCGGGGGCCCACCAGGUUUCCAGCCUCCACGGCAGUGUGGCCACCACUCCGGGGAGUCCCAGCCUGGGCCGGCACCCUGGGGCCCACCAAGGCAACCUGGCCUCCGGUCUCCAUGGCAACGCAAUAGCCAGUCCUGGAAGCCCCAGCCUGGGCCGUCACCUGGGAGGGUCUGGAUCUGUGGUUCCUGGCAGCCCCAGCUUGGACCGGCACGUGGCUUACGGUGGCUACACCACCCCCGAGGACCGGAGACCCACACUGUCCCGGCAGAGCAGUGCCUCCGGCUACCAGGCUCCUUCCACGCCCUCCUUCCCCGUCUCCCCGGCCUACUACCCUGGCCUGAGCAGCCCGGCCACCUCCCCGUCGCCAGACUCCGCAGCCUUCCGGCAAGGGAGCCCAACGCCGGCCUUGCCAGAGAAGCGGAGGAUGUCCGUGGGAGACCGAGCGGGCAGCCUCCCCAACUACGCCACUAUCAACGGGAAGGUGUCCUCGCCUGUCGCCAGUGGCAUGUCCAGUCCCAGCGGGGGUAGCACUGUCUCCUUCUCCCACACUCUGCCCGACUUCUCCAAGUACUCCAUGCCAGACAACAGCCCCGAGACACGGGCUAAAGUGAAAUUUGUCCAGGACACUUCCAAGUAUUGGUACAAGCCUGAGAUCUCCAGGGAGCAGGCUAUCGCACUCCUCAAGGACCAGGAGCCAGGGGCCUUCAUCAUCCGUGACAGCCACUCCUUCCGAGGGGCCUACGGGCUGGCCAUGAAGGUGUCUUCGCCCCCUCCGACCAUCAUGCAGCAGAAUAAAAAAGGAGACAUGACCCAUGAGCUGGUGAGGCAUUUCCUGAUAGAGACCGGACCCAGGGGAGUCAAGCUGAAGGGGUGCCCCAACGAGCCGAACUUCGGGUCCCUGUCUGCCCUGGUCUACCAGCACUCCAUCAUCCCGCUGGCUCUGCCGUGCAAGCUGGUUAUUCCAAACCGAGACCCCACAGAUGAAUCGAAAGAUAGCUCUGGCCCUGCUAACUCAACCGCCGACCUGCUGAAGCAAGGGGCAGCCUGCAACGUGCUCUUUGUUAACUCUGUGGACAUGGAGUCCCUCACUGGGCCCCAGGCCAUCUCCAAAGCCACAUCUGAGACAUUGGCUGCUGAUCCUACGCCAGCUGCCACCAUCGUUCACUUCAAGGUCUCUGCCCAGGGAAUCACUCUGACUGACAACCAGAGAAAGCUCUUCUUCAGACGACACUACCCCCUCAACACUGUCACCUUCUGUGACUUGGAUCCACAGGAAAGAAAGUGGAUGAAAACAGAGGGAGGCGCCCCUGCUAAGCUCUUUGGCUUCGUGGCCCGGAAGCAGGGCAGCACCACGGACAACGCCUGCCACCUCUUCGCGGAGCUUGACCCCAACCAGCCAGCCUCUGCCAUUGUCAACUUCGUCUCCAAGGUCAUGCUGAGUGCCGGCCAGAAGAGAUGAGCCCACCCCUUGCCCUGGGCCAGUGCAGUGGGGACGGGGCCCAUGGGGAGGGGACCCAGGAAUCCUGACCAUCCUUGAAUCCAGAAGGAGGACUUUGGGCCAAUUUUGGAGAAGGAGAGAAGAAAGUGCAACAUGGGGAGAGGGAAGUGAAUUGCAGAGGGAAGGGGGGAAGAGAGGAAGACAGAAAGAGAAAGACGGUGGAGAAGAACUCAGAUCCCCUGGGUGAUGGAAACUGCAAAAACCCAAAGCCUCCCAAACUAACCAGGUCCCCCUAACUUCCCCUUCCCCGCUCCUAGAGGAGAAGGAACAAGCCUCCUUGGGGAUCCAUAUUUUUUGGGGAAUGGAAAAGCAACUGCUUUCAAGGAAAAAUCAAGCUUUUUCUGGCCACCUGUGGGCUAGGUUGUCAAACCAAACAGAACCAGAGUGGGACAUCAAGUGGGGGAACUUUCUCUUUUAAAGUAUCUCAGACCCGAGGCACCUCAGGUCCCUUCGCUGUGCCUCUGAUGUAUUGUUGUGUGGGUGUGUGUGUGUCUGCACCCACACCUCACAUGUUGAUUCAUACUCGCCUCUGUCGGCUAGAAUUAUAAACAGCUGUCCUCGUCUGUGUCC